AUGUCUGGACACAUUGGCGGCCAGCUUGAUGCGGGAAAGAAGCUGAUUCAGGGUGAGUGGCGGGACGGGACCCUGCAACGUUAUCACAAGUCGCCCCUGGAGAACAUCUACCCCCUCGACGAAAAGCGCCUGUGUGGCGAGCUCGGCUAUUCGACAAGCAUGCUGGCGGCCAUCCCGUUCUAUGCAGUCGCCGCUGGCGCUAUCAUUGAAGCGGCCGAUGUCAAGGUCGCCGAGACUGUCAUCGUUGGACCGUCCGGUGGCGCUUUUGGCGGGCUCGCUGUUGAAAUCGCGCUGGCAGUCGGUGCGAACGUCAUUGCUCUCGAGCGAAGCGGAGUAAAGCUUGAGACGAUGAAGACAAAACUGGGAAGCCCACCGCAACUGAGUUAUGUUGUCAUGACGGGCGACAUGGAGACCGACACUGCCGCUAUUUUGCGACAAACACCCAACGGUACGGGAGCAGAAGUCUAUAACGACUGGACUCCUGGCGAGCUGGCAGGGCCUGCACCUUAUUUAUCAGCGGCAGUGCGAGUCCUCAAGCGUGGAGGCAGGGUUGUCUUCAGCGGUGGCUCGAGCGCAAACCUGUCAGUUCCCUACGCAUAUGUUGGGAUGCAGGAUAUCCAGAUCAAAGGGAAAUGGAUGUGCAACAAGAAAACCCUGGAACAGAUCAUUCGCAUGAUUGAGCAAGCUCGGCUGAGGAUCGGACUUGAAAGUGGAUCUGAGCUGGCCGAAUUCACACUGGACCAGCAUGAUGAAGCAACAGAGCACGCGAGGAAAAACGGCGGCUGGAGGAAUUACACUGUCUUGUUACCAAGCAAAGAUUAG